AUGAACGAGGAAUGCAUCAUCCGGAAACUGAUCGCCGAUGGUGAUGGUGGCGGUGACGACCGUCGUUUCUUCACGUUGCUACCUCUCCUGCUGAAAGUUGCCAAGGAUCCCGAGAAUUCGCAAAGCGUUAUUCCUCGAAUCAUGAAAAUACUGGAUGCAGCUGAAACAGCACUCCGGAAGCAGGUAUUGAUCUCGGAAAUGAAUGAAAAACAAAUUGAAGAGUACACCCUUCUCACCAAACAGACUGGCAAGUUACUUUCCAAUGAUUAUUAA